AUGAAUCCUUCUAUAAUUCGAAGUGCUGAUGAUAUAUUAAAUACUUAUCAAAUUAAUUGUGCACCCUGUACGUUUUUUAGUGAAUGUAGUUUGAUUUUAAAAUUUGAUGCUUAUAGAAAUUUCAAAAUUCAAGAAUCUGAAGUUAUUUUUAAACACAUUUAUGCAAUACGAGUUCAUCGUAGCAUUAAUGAAAGACCUAAAUACUAUCUAUAUCCAGAAAAUAAAAACUUUAAAACAUAUCCGAGUGGAUGGAAAUUGGAACCGCAGUAUAAUUUGUGUAGUUAUACUGACUUACAACCAGCUGAACUUUAUAGUGUUGUUAAUUUUGGAGUUUCUCAUUCAAAAUGUGUUGAAGUUGAAUUUAUGAUAGACGUUUAUGUUGAUUCAGAAAGACGACUUGUUUGGAUACCGUGUGAACGUUCUACAAAAACUUCAACACAUGUGAAUUUGCGAAUAACAAUAGCGAGAAAAACAUAUCAAAUUUUUGUGAAAGAAGUGAAUAACGAAAAUGUCUUUUUUGAUGAGGCUUGUGAACCAUCGACAACAAUCAGCGAGUGUUCAUUCAUUCUAAAAUAUGAAAAUUAUAUGAACUUUAAAAUACAAGAAUGUGAGACAAUUUUUAAGCAUAUUACAGCCGUUCGAUAUCAUAAGGAUAUUCAUUCCCACCCACAAAUUUGUCUCUAUCCACAAAAUACUGAACUCUUCUCGAGACCAUUGGGGUGGAAAAUUGAUAGAAUUAAUGAAGAUUUUGAUGAAAAUGUGUGUGAGUUACAAUCUGGUGAGCUCGAGGGUUACAUUGAGUUUGGUGAAACUCGUCCGAAAGCUAUUGCUGUUCAAUUUAAAUUAAAUGUCUUUGUGGAUUCAUACAAAAAAAUUGUUUAUAUUGUACCCAGAAAAAAUCAUUUACGCAAUCAAAAUUUCGUAAUUAUUGAUAUAUUUUUCAAUCGUGGAGGUGCUUUCACAUUGGAAUUACAAAACAUUGAUGAACACGAGAAUGAAAAUCAGAUUCGUCGUGAUAUUAGACUUGCUUAUUUACAAAGAGUCAUCAACAAUUAACGAUCCAAAAUAAUUCUUUCGCCUCCUUUUUUUCGCGCGUAAGCACAUAGAAACUAGCAACUAUUUGCUAGCGGCUAGCGGCUAGCUCCUAGCGGCUAGUAACUAAUUCGUGG